CUGGUCCUCAGUCAGGCACAAGAUGGCGGCCAGCUGCAGUUUCUCACAGUGAGGCCCGAGAGAGAAAACUUCUCCUGACUUUAGUAACUGUUUCCCCGCAGUGACCGAAGAGAUGAGCCGGUACUGACGGGUCCUCUUCCCGGUACCGGCAGAGAGAGGCUUCCCCGGGGAUGUUCCGAGACUCUGGAGCUCUUUGUUUUCUUUAAAGGUCAGCGGCGGCUCCUCCGUCAUGGCGGCAGCGUCGUACGAUCAGUUGCUGAGACAGGUGGAGGUGUUAAAGAUGGAAAACACCACCCUGAGGCAGGAGCUGCAGGACAACUCCAACCACCUGACCCACCUGGAGUCUGAGGCCGAGAACAUGAAGGAAGUGCUGAAGCAGCUGCAGGGCACCAUAGAAGAAGAGUCGGGCGAGGCAUCUGGCUCCCAGCUGGAGCUCAUCGAGAGGCUGAAGGAGAUGAGCCUGGACUCAUCAGGGUUUAAACCCCGAGCGAAGCCUCCUGGAGCCUCCGGGGGGGCAGGAGGCAGCGCUCUGCCCAGGAGAGGAGCUCCUUCAGCGGGGAGAGAACAGGAGCGCUGCCUGGAGGACCUGGAGAAGGAGAGAGCUCUCCUAUUGGCUGAGCUGGAGAAGGAGGAGAAAGAGAAGGACUGGUACUACGCUCAGCUGCAGAAUCUGACCAAGAGGAUCGACAGCCUGCCGCUCACCGAGAACUUCACCCUGCAGACGGACAUGAGUCGCCGUCAGCUGGAGUUCGAGGCUCGUCAGAUCCGCUCAGCGAUGGAAGAGCAGCUGGGAUCCUGUCAGGAGAUGGAGAGGAGAGCUCAGGCUCGUGUCUCUCGCGUCCAGCAGAUCGAGAAGGACAUCCUGCGCCUGGGAGCUCGUCUGCAGGGGGAUGAAAGUCAGAGCGACAGCAGCGACUUACCUGGCGCUCAGAGCUCCAGCAGCCGAUUGGAGCACGAGCCGGCCAAUGAGGCGAGCUACUCCGUGCCUCGACGAAUCACCAGCCACCUGGGAACCAAGGUGGAGAUGGUGUACAGCCUGCUGUCCAUGCUGGGGACUCACGAUAAGGACGACAUGUCGCGCACGCUGCUGGCCAUGUCGUCCUCUCAGGACUCGUGCAUCGCAAUGCGUCAGUCGGGCUGCCUGCCGCUGCUCAUCCAGCUGCUGCACGGCAACGACAAGGACUCCCUGCUGCUGGGGAACUCCCGCGGCAGCAAGGAGGCGAGGGCGAGGGCGUCUGCGGCGCUGCACAACAUCGUGCACAGCCAACCGGACGAUAAGAGAGGCCGGCGCGAGAUCAGAGUGCUCCACCUGCUGGAACAAGUGAGGCAUUACUGCGAGGAGUGCUGGAGCUGGCAGGAGAACCACGAGAGGGGCGUGGACCAGGAGGACAACCCCAUGCCGUCUCCAGUGGAGCAUCAGAUCUGUCCGGCUGUCUGCGUCCUGAUGAAGCUUUCCUUCGACGAGGAGCAUCGGCACGCCAUGAACGAGCUGGGUGGUCUACAGGCGGUGGCUGAGCUGCUGCAGGUGGACUGUGAGAUGUUCGGUCUGAGCAGCGAUCACUACAGCGUGACACUGCGACGCUACGCCGGCAUGGGCCUCACCAACCUCACCUUUGGAGACGUGGCCAACAAGGCCACGCUGUGCUCCAUGAAGGGCUGCAUGAGGGCGAUGGUGGCCCAGCUGAAGUCCGACAGUGAAGACCUGCAGCAGGUGAUAGCCAGCGUCCUGAGGAACUUGUCGUGGCGCGCCGACGUGAACAGCAAGAAAACUCUGAGAGAGGUCGGCAGCGUGCGAGCUCUGACCGGCUGCGCCCUGGAGGUCCAGAAGGAGUCCACCCUGAAGUCUGUCCUCUCUGCUCUGUGGAACCUCUCGGCUCACUGCACAGAGAACAAAGCUGAUAUCUGCUCAGUGGACGGGGCUCUGGGCUUUCUGGUGGGAACGCUGACGCACCGCAGCCACACCAACACGCUCGCUAUCAUCGAGAGCGGAGGAGGCAUCCUGAGGAACGUGUCCAGCCUCAUCGCCACCAACGAGGCGCACAGGCAGAUCCUGCGAGAUCACGGCUGCCUGCCCACGCUGCUGCAGCACCUGAAGUCUCACAGCCUCACCAUCGUCUCCAACGCCUGCGGAACGCUCUGGAAUCUUUCGGCUCGAGACGCCAAGGACCAGGAGGCAUUGUGGGAGCUGGGCGCCGUGGGCAUGUUGCGCAACCUCAUCCACUCGCGCCACAAGAUGAUCGCCAUGGGCAGCGCCGCCGCUCUGCGCAACCUGAUGGCCAACCGGCCGGCGAGGUACAAAGACGCCAGCGUGGUGUCGCCGGGCGCCGGCGCCCCCUCGCUGCACGCCAGGAAGCAGAAGGCUCUGUUCGAGGAGCUGGACGCCCAGCAGCUCUCAGAGACCUUCGACAACAUCGACAACCUGAGCCCGAAGGCAGCGCACAGGAAGGGGCGGGGCUGCAGCGGCGCCGCGGGGGGGGGCGGCCCGACACGCUCUUACACCAACACGCCCGUUCUGUCCAGCCCGAAGAGCGCCGACGGGUCGAAGCGGACGAGCGAGGAGCCGUUCGCCCGGCCCGUGUUCCCGCCCAGCGUCCGGGCGUCCAGCGACAGCCUCAACAGCGUCACGAGCGCAGACGGGUACGGAAACCGCGGCAAAACCAAACCGUCCACCGAGCCGUUCUACUCCUCGGACGAGAACGGAGGCAACAAGUGCUGCGUCUACAGGAAGUACCCGGCCGACCUGGCGCACAAGAUCCGCAGCGCCAACCACAUGGCGGACGACGACGGCGGCGAGCUGGACACGCCCAUCAACUACAGCCUGAAGUACUCUGACGAGCAGCUGAACUCUGGGCGUCAGAGCCCGAGUCACCGCGGCGCCGCAGAGAGCGAGGAGGACGAGCCGCUGGACGCCCGGCUGCGGCGCCGCGGUGACCCGGCCCCCAAAGGGAACCGCAUGGCGUCCGCUCCGCCGCAGCGCUAUGUCGCCACGGCAACAUCAAACUACAGCGGCGAGGCGGCACCGGAGCAGCCGAUCGACUACAGCCUGAAGUAUGGCGCCGACGUGACCCGCAAACCUCUGUUCAAACCUGAGGAGAGCGCCCCCCCCUCAGCACCCCCUCCCCCGCCAUCCUCCGCUAACAAGCUCCGCCCCCCGCCGCCGACCAAGCGCCCGCCGCCCAAAGGCAGCCAGGAGGCACCGCAGACGUACUGCGUGGAGGACACGCCCAUCUGCUUCUCUAGGGGCUCCUCGCUGUCCUCGCUGUCAUCGGAGGAAGAGGAGGAGGAUGGGAGGAAGAGGAGGGGGGGGGGCAGCGACUACCCCACGCUUCCUGUGAGCGAGAAGGAGGAGCAGCAGCGUCAGCAGAAGGAGGCGCAGAGUCAGACCUCCAGCGCCGCCGCUGCUGCUGCCGCCGCCGCCGCCGCCUCUAGGGGGCGACGCAGCCACCAUCAUCAUCAUCACGUGACAUCAUCCGGCGCCCGGACGCCGAAGAGCCCCCCCGAGCCGCCGUACGCUCAGGAGACGCCGCUGAUGUUCAGCCGCUGCACCUCCGUCAGCUCUCUGGACAGCUUCUCCACCUCCUCCAUCGCCUCGUCGGUGCGCAGCAGCGAGCCGUGCAGCGGCAUGCCGAGCGGCGUGGUGAGUCCCAGCGAUCUGCCCGACAGCCCGGGGCAGACGAUGCCUCCGAGCCGCGCCAAGACGCCGCCGCCGCCCAGCAGCAAACAGGAGAAGAAGAAGCAGGAGGAGGAGAGCAGCGCCGACGUCAUGCUGCACUUCGCCACCGAAAGCACGCCGCACGGAUUCAGCCGAGCGUCCAGUCUGAGCGCGCUCAGUGUGGACGAGCCUUACAUCAUGGCGGAGAUGAGGAAGGAGGAAGAGGAGGAGGCGAGCGAGGAGAUGAAGGAGAGGAAGGAGAGGAAAGAGAGGAAAGAGAGGGAGGAGAGGGAGGAGGAGGAAGGACAACUGGACGAGUCGGACGACGACGACGACAUCGAGAUCCUGGAGGCCUGCAUCAAGAGGGCCAUGCCCAAGUCGUCACGGAAACCAAAGAAACAACAACAACAACAGCAGCAACAGCAGCCGGCGCCACGGAAACCCAGCCAGCUUCCUGUCUACAAGCUCCUCCCCCCGCAGGGCCGCAGCCAAUCACAGCAGAGGAAGGACGGUCCAUCGGAAGAGGUGCCGAGGAUUUACUGCGUGGAGGGAACGCCGCUCAAUUUCUCCACCGCCACCUCGCUGAGCGACCUUACCAUCGACUCGCCGCCCAAUGAGGAGGCAGCACCCGCGGCUCAGCCCUCCAAUCAGAGCAGGGGGGCGGGGCUUAGGGGGGCGGGGCCUUCUGAGGGCGACAACGGUGACGACAUCUUGGCGGAGUGCAUCAGUGCCGCCAUGCCUAAAGCGAGACCCAGGAAGCCGGUCCGUGCGGCGCCUGGCGAGAUACAGGCUCCGCCCCCUCUGCAGGCUCCGCCCCUUCCCCCCCCGGCCCCGCCUCUACUCGGCACGCAGCAGCAGAAGAGGAAACCGACGUCUCCGGUGAAGCCGAUGCCCCCGCGGGCGCCAUACAGCAUCUCCGCGGCAACAGCAGCCAAAGCGAAGCCGGGCUUCACCUUCGACUCGCCGCACCACUACACUCCCAUCGAAGGCACGCCGUGCUGCUUCUCACGCAACGACUCACUCAGCUCGCUCGACUUCGACGAAGACGAAGGCGGCGAGAAGGACGAAGAGAAGCGAGUGAAGGAGGAAGACGGCAGGAAGAGGAAGCAGCAGACGGCGGCCGUCGUUCCCCGAACAAAACCCGCCGCCAACCUGCCGGACGAUCGGCAAAAGUUCUGCAUCGAGGACACGCCCGUCUGCUUCUCCAGGAACUCGUCUCUGAGCUCGCUGAGCGACAUCGACCAGGAGAACAACAACAAGGAGUUCGCUGCCCCCCCCCCUCCGGAGCAGCAGGAGGGAGGAACAGCCGGCAGGACGUCGCCCCCCCUGCAGGAAGAGCAGAAGCCCCGCCCCCCAGCGAGCGGCUACACCCCCAGAGCGUUCCACGUGGAGGACACGCCCGUCUGCUUCUCCAGGAACUCGUCUCUCUCGUCUCUGAGCAUCGACUCCGAGGACGACCUCCUGCAGGAGUGCAUCAGCAGCGCCAUGCCCAAGAAGAAGAAGAAGGGUUCCGCCGCGCCGCCGUCUCUCCCUAAAGAAGAAGAAGAAGAUGAAGAAGAAGAAGAAGACGACGACGACGGGAUAUUAGCCGAAGAGGAGCCUUCGGACGGGCCGCGGAGCCCCGCCUCCCCGGACUCGGAGUCUUUUGAUUGGAAGGCGAUCCAGGAAGGAGCGAACUCGAUCGUCAGCAGCCUGAACGCCGCCGCCGCCGCGCCGCUGUCCCGCCAGCCGUCCUCCGACUCCGACUCUGUGCUGUCACUCAAGUCUGUUGGAUCACCAUUCCGCCUGCCGCCGCCGUCCAAUCAGAGCGCAGAGGAGGGAGAGAAGGAGGAGGGGGGGAAGCGAGGGGGGCGGAUCCUGAAGCCUGGCGAGCGCAGCACUCUGGAAGCCAAGAAGAAGAAGGAGCAGGAGGAAGAGGAAGAGGAGGCGAAGGCGCUGCGCGGAGGGAAGAAGGUUUACAAGAGUCUGAUCACCGGGAAGCCUCGUGUGGAGGCCAGGGGGCGGAGCCAACCUCAGGUGGAGGCCAGGGGGCGGAGCCAACCUCAGGUGGAGGCCAGGGGGCGGAGCCAACCUCAGGUGGAGGCCAGGGGGCGGAGCCAACCCCGAGCGGCGCCCGCUGCCAAACCCCCAGGGAGCGACCCCGAGCGAGGCUCCUCUCGAGACUCCACCCCCUCACGCUCCUCCUCAGCCAAUCAGAAGGGAGGGAAACUGCUUCCGCCGCGCACCGCCUCUCCAGGAAGUGCUUCGUCUUCAUCAUCUUCAGCGUCCAGAACGACCAAUAAGAGCGGAUCGGCGGUGAGGAGCGGCGGCAUCCCGAGGAGCGAGUCGGCGUCUCGAGUCGGAGGAUCGACGGCAGCGAAGAAAGCGAAGGCGGAGUCUGAGAAGCCGCCGGCGCUCGUCAGACAGUCGACUUUCAUCAAAGAGGCUCCGAGCCCCACGCUGAAGAGGAAGAUGGAGGACGGAGAGACCGCCUCCAGCCCCGAGAGGAGCCACGAGAGCCCCGCACGCCCACAGGAAGUGACAUCAUCAUCACGCUUCAGCCGCACCGGCACCUGGAAGCGGGAGAGUAGCAGCAGCGGGGGGGGAGGAGGAGGAGGCGGGGCUAGCGGCGGCGGGAAACACUCGACCUCGCUGCCCCGCGUCGGAACCUGGAAGAGAACGGGAAGCUCCUCCUCCGUCCUGUCAGCAUCAUCAGAGUCCAGCGAGAAGGGGAGGAGUCAGGAGGGGCAGGAGGGGCGGGGCCAAGAGGACAGGAAGGGCACGUGGAGGAGGGCGAAGAGUGGGGGAGAGGGGCGGGGCUUCAGCGACCGAGCGGAAGACGUUUGGGUGCGAUUGGAAGAUUGUCCCGUCAACAACCCCCGCUCCCCUAACGGCCCCCCAAUCAUAAGCCCCGCCCCUUCCUCCUCCGUCAUAAGCCCCGCCUCCUCCUCCUCAAAGAUCCCGUCCUCCACCUCGUCCUCGUGCUCCAACCUCAACCUGCGGCGCAGCUGCGAGAGUCUGGACGACAAACAGCAACCGCCCUCGCAACCGUCGCUGCAACAGACCCCCCAUCAACAACAACAGACCCCCCCUCAGCAUCAGACCCCCCCCCAGCAGACCCCCCCUCAGCGUGGCGUCUCCCAGCCUCGCGGCGCUGUAGCGGCCCGAGUUUCGCCCUUUAAUUACACCCCGAGUCCGAGGAAAAGCAACAACGACAUCAUCAACACCAUCACCUCCUCCGCCCCCCCCCCCACGCCUCCCACCACCACCACCACCUCCUCUUCCUCCUCCUCUUCCUCCACCACCACCCCCCCCACGCGCCCCUCACUCAUCCCCACCCCCGUCACCAAGAAGCGGGAACCUAAAGGUGGGGAGGGCGAUCGAUCGGGGGGGGAGCGCGGCUCGUACAUCGUGACGUCCGUUUGAAUAAAGACUAAAACGUGUAGAUAUGGUGGAAGUGAACUGUACAGGAAGUAUUUAAGCCCCGCCCCUCACCCCCCGCCUCAUUGGCUCCUCCCACCUGUCAGUCGAGCUUCUUAAUGAAUGACUUUACAUGAACUUUUUAUGUUUUUAUACCACUACUACUACUACUACUAAACCAUGUGUAGCGCUUAGCUCCGCCCCCUGCCUGUGUCCCUGCAUGGCCCCGCCCCCUUAUCGAUGAUGCUGUUCCUGCUAGCUAUUACCUGUGUGUCUGGAUCUGAAGGUGUUUCUCCCUAAACUAAUUUAUUCCUAAGGAGCUGGGGGGGUUCCUGCUGCGUGGGGGGGUCAGAGUCUGUUCAGUGGCUCUGAAUAACACUGUUAUUAAGUUAUUGCUGUAAAACCUUAAAACCUUUUAACUUUGAAGCACAUAAUUUAAAAAUGUUUUUGCCAAAAAGAGUUCCUCAGUGCUCUUCAUGCUGUCACUCACUGUCUGUGCUGGAGGAGAACGUCUUUGGUGAAACCUUAAUGAAAUAAAAAUCUACAUUUUAGCUGCAAA